AAUGGGAAUUCUUGCUGUUGGAGGCGGAGGAAGGAAUGCUGCUGGAUGCUUACAAUUAUGGCUGUCAAACCCAGUGACCAUUAGGUUAGAUAAAACAUCCCUUUUCAUGUAAGAUUUACGAGGAUGACUUGCACCAUGUCCGCUGCAGCUGUCGCGGUAUGGCUCGGUACGGUUUACAUUGUGCAUGCCUAUGAUGCCAAAGACACCGCUAUGCAUGAGAGAAAUGUCCAUAAGGUGCGAUCCAGGGGCUUGACGCAGAGAACAGCCCCGCACAGAGAUGUGGUCACCAUCUUGUCGAGAUCGCACGCAGACCGUAACGUCUACCCAUCCGCGGGAGUGCUAUUCGUCCAUGUUCUGGAGAGAGAGUACUUCAAAGGAGAGUUUCCUCCCUACCCAAAAUCAGGUGAUGCCGGCAAUGACCCGAUCACUUUCAAUACCAACCUGAUGGGCUACCCCGACAGGCCGGGCUGGCUGCGCUACAUCCAGAGGACCCCGCACAGCGACGGCGUGCUCUACGGCUCCCCCACUGCAGAGCAUGUUGGCAAGGCCACCGUCAUAGAGAUUACUGCCUAUAACAGACGCACUUUCGAGACGGCACGGCACAACUUGGUCAUAAACAUCAUGGCCACGGAAGAGUUCCCUCUGCCCUUUCAGGCUGAGUUUUACAUCAAAAACAUGAACGUGGAAGAGAUGCUGGCCAGCGAGGUGCUGGGGGACUUCCUGGGAGCGGUGAAGAACGUAUGGCAGCCUGAGCGCCUCAAUGCCAUCAACAUCACCUCAGCACUGGACCGUGGCGGCCGCGUGCCCCUGCCCAUAAACAACCUCAAGGAAGGAGUGUAUGUGAUGGUCGGUGCUGAUGUUCCCUUCUCGUCGUGCCUGCGGGAGGUGGAAAGCCCACAUAACCAGCUGCGCUGCAGUCAGGAGAUGGAGCCUGUCAUCAGCUGUGACAAGAAAUUCCGAGCUCAGUUUCACAUUGAUUGGUGCAAGAUUUCUCUGGUUGACAUCAACAAAGUGGUCCCAAUAUACAUUACCCGUCCCGACCCGGGCACUGGGAUCCUGCCUGAAUUUGGGGAAUACAACCCCCCUUCUGAGUCACUGAAGACUAGAGACUACUUUUCAGACUUCCUUAUCACGCUGGCUGUUCCCUCCGCUGUGGCACUAGUCCUCUUCUUCAUCCUCGGCUACACUAUGUGCUGCAGACGGGAAGGGGUGGAAAAAAGAAACAUGCAAACACCAGAUAUCCAGCUGGUUCACCACAGCUCCAUCCAGAAGUCCAGCAAGGAGCUGCGGAGCAUGUCUAAGAACCGGGAGAUAUCAUGGCCCCUCUCCACCCUGCCCGUCUUCAACCCAGUGAGCGGCGAGGUGGUGCCGCCCAUACACCCCGACAACUACGAGACCACCAGCAUGCCCCUCAUGCAGACACAGACGAAUCUGCAAAACCAGAUUACGAUACCACAGCAACGGCCAUCAGGUAAAUGGUAUUCCUGAGGAGAGAAAGGUGGCCGAAGCACUGAACUUGUGACCAGAGACACCAGUGUUGGAGCAGAUUCCAUAUCUAUAGUUUUGCUUUUUCUAACAUUUGUGCCAAUCUGCAUGCCUCAGAGGUGUCUUUACAAAAAUGUAUCAUCCAUAUGCACUUACACCUUGAAAAGUGAGAGUGUGGAAGAGAACAAAAAAGCUUAGCGGAUUAUAUAUAUUAUAAUACAUUAGAAUAUUUUGAAAUAUUUGUGUAAAUGUUCAAACUAUGUUUGUAUUUCUACUUGCUUUCCACAAUGGACCGCUUAGAGAAAAAGGGAGUUUUACAUGGAAAUGCUUUAGUUGUCAUGUGUUAUUAAUAAUGUUAUGUGUCACAUGAUAACAAUAAAUUCUUUCAAAGUAAUUUGCAUUUACUUUAAGUACCUCUAGUAGAGUUAUUUUAAUGAAUGUCUGAAUGUUUCUGUCCAAACAAAAACAACCAAACCAGCACAUUUUAUGAAGGUAUUAUUAACAAUGUACAACAGAAUAAAGGCAUUUAUAAAUAA